CACCAAAGCCUUAGCAGCCGCAUGAGCGCCUGGACCCACUGGAUCGUCAAGCUCUAGGCCAGCCUCGUCGCCGUCAACACAACGAACCUCAAGCUCAGCGCCAUUCCUCACCGACCGCUUCUGCGCCCAAUCCGUGCCGCCCCAUCCCCCAUUCUCUAUAUACGGAGAGCCUUUCUUGAUCCUCAAAUUUUGUUACCAGUUCCAGCCACAACAGCUCCUUCCACGAUGAGACCCGCCGUCCGAAGCACCGUCGAGCGCCUCGACAGGCCCAGCGCCUACUACCAGAGCCGCAACAAGCGAAGACGCGAUCGCGACGAUGAGGAGCACGACGCCCCCGCAGAGCCUCCUGUCGACCCUUUAGCACAUGCGACCACCCUCUACGUCGGCAACCUGUCCUUCUACACCACCGAAGAGCAGGUCUACGAGCUCUUCUCCAAGUGCGGCGAGAUCAAGCGCCUCAUCAUGGGCCUCGACCGGUUCAACAAGACGCCCUGUGGCUUCUGCUUCGUGGAAUACUACACCCACCAGGACGCCCUCGACUGCAUGAAGUACAUUGGUGGCACCAAGCUCGACGAGCGCGUCAUCCGUACCGAUCUUGACCCAGGCUUCGAGGAGGGCCGUCAGUACGGUCGCGGCAAGUCCGGCGGCCAGGUCCGCGAUGAGUACCGCGAAGACUUUGACGAGGGCCGUGGCGGAGUGGGCAGGGCGAUCCAGGACGAGCCGACGAGGAACUACGAGGAGGCGGAGAGCAAGCCCAGGUAAAGGGAGUUUACAACUGGGGGUGUUUAUGAGACUUGAUACCCUUGAAGAAAAAA